AUGUGCGACAGGAAGCAGGAGGCCCCUGCUGCCAGGGAGGCAGGUGAGGGCAAAGCUCUGCCACAGCCUGGCCCAGGGGCUGUCGGGGCAGACAGCGUGCCAGAGCAGAGGCAGGGGGAGGCAGGAGCUGCUCAGCCAUGCCGGAGCCGGGAGCCUCCUUCCACCCCAAGUGGGGCCCAGCUGGGCCAGGCACCGGCUGUUGGGACACCCGUGCCUGCAAUGGCCCCUGCUCUCCAAGCAUGCAUGCUGUGUCACCGUACAGAGGCUGACCCGGACAUGUGCGGUGAAAAACGCGAGAAGCAUGGGCUCUGUGCCCACGUGUUCUGCCUGUUUUUUGCCACUCUGCUUUAUCGGCAAAAAAAUGAUCGUGUUGGACUCAUGGGAUUUCUCCCUCGAGAUAUCCAACUCGCAGUCAGGCGGGCAGCAGAGAAGCACUGCUGCGUCUGCAGCCGGAGCGGGGCCACCAUUGUUUGCUGUGAGGAAAACUGCGACAGAUGGUUCCACCUACCCUGUGCCAAGGAGGGUGGCUGUAUCAAUCAAUACAUCACCCCUUACAGCUCCUACUGCUCUGAGCACCGUCCAGAGCAGGAUGUGCAGGUGACUCCGGAGCCGGGCACCGAAUGUCCCAUCUGCAUGGAGCCUGUGGAGGAGAGAAAGACCUUCCAAACCAUGGUGUGCCCAGCGUGCAAAAGGGCCUGGUUCCACAGGGACUGCAUCCAGGGACAGGCCAUGAGUGCUGGUCUUUUAUGCCUCCACUGCCCCCUCUGCAGAGACAGUGAGGCAUUCACUCUCGAAAUGUUCAUCAUGGGCAUCCGCAUCCCCUUCAGACAGCCAACAUGGGAGGACAACGAUGCCUUUGCGGAUCUAGGAGAGAGGCACAGCUGGUGCAAUGCCAGGGAAUGCCUUUACCCAGGAGGCAGGGAGGGAGCAGAGGAAGAAGGGCCCUGGGAACUGCUCCUGUGCUCCUCCUGUGCUGCUGAGGGCACCCACCGGCAUUGCUCUGGCCUGAGAAACCGCACACACUACUGGGAGUGUGACAGCUGUGCUGGGCGUGGCACAGGUAUGAAGCAAAGCACCUGGGCAGCUCUGGGCAAGGAUCGGCGUCCCUGGUGUGGGAUCACUGCCCGUGGGCUUGGCAGUUCCCACACUGGCUUGCCAGAACCUGUGCACUCCUUGAGGGCUGUGGGCACUGCUCUGACCUGGCCUGGCCCUGGGGCUCUUGACCUUCCUGCUUCCCCUUACAGCCAGCAGAGUUGA